AGUUCAAUUGACAUCUUCCUGUGUGUAACAUGAUGAGAAGAUUGAAAUCGACAGAUAUAAUAAAUCCUUCAUUUUAAUAUUGCACGCACACUAAAAAAUGAUUUUGAUAUUGGUAACUACUUGUUUAUUAAUUCAAUGUGUUUCUGCUAAAAAUAUCCUUGUGUUUGGUGGUAAUGGGUUUCUCGGAUCUGAAGUGGUUUACGAUUUGAUAUUAAAAGGACACGAUGUUACAAUUGUUAAUCGUGGAACUCCGUAUUGGGACUUUGAAAGUAGGAUAAAACCUUUAGUCAAUCAUAUAAUAUGUGACAGAUACACUGGAUUGAAACAUUGUUCUUCUUUUGUUUCUUUCAUACAAAAUGUUAAAUUUGAUUUUGUCAUAGAUUUCAGUUGUUAUCAUUCUAAAGUUUUGGGAGAUUCUCUCUCUCUCCUUACUGGUAAAACUGAUCUUUAUAUCUUUAUCAGCACAGAUUCAGUCUAUGAAGUAUGUGUAACUAAGACCCCGGCUACUGAAUCUAGUGAGGAUGAUGCUGUGAGACCAACGAAUGAAGAAGAGAGAUCAAAUCUUAAUUCUAAAGAUUCUUAUGGACAUCGUAAAUUAGCCUGUGAAGAAUUACUGAACAAGCAGCGUUCGGAAGGAGGAAUACCGUUUGUGAUACUGCGUUUACCCGAUGUUAUUGGACCGCGUGACAACACCCAUCGCUGGUGGAUGUAUCAGUUGUGGAUACAAUAUCACAAUAUCACUGGAAUUCCAAUAUAUGUUCCUCAAAAAGUUCUAAGAACUUUAAGCAGCAUGGUAUAUGUUGGUGAUGUUAGUAAAGUUAUUAUUCAUAUUCUUCAUAAAGUUGAUAGUAAAGAAAGUAAUAAUAUUGUGGAUGGAGUCUUUAAUCUAGGUUUCAAUGAAAACUUUAAUUUGAAAAAAAUUUUAUACAAAAUUCAGACUUUAUUAGGAAUUAAUGGAGUGGAAUAUCAAUAUCCUUCAUCUGAAGAUGCAUUUCAUCUGUAUCCUUCUGUAUAUCGUGGUCCUGUUAAUAUUACAAAAGCACAAAAAUAUCUUGAUUGGAAUCCCACACCUUGGGAUGUUGUUGCAAAAACAAAUGUUGAGUUUUAUAAACAAGCCUUUUAUACUUUUGAACAAGAAAGAAAUGAAGUAUUACAAAAACUUGAAACUUACGCUGUAGCACCAUCUCAUAUUGAUAUAUUUCAACAGACUACUCGAAAAGAUAUAGAAAAGCAUUCACAUCAUGAAAACAAUUGCUUUCAAGAAAAAACUGUUAAUAGUCAUGAAGAACUGUGAAUAAGAGUACUUACAGUAUUUUUGAAGUAAUCUUUUGAUAUUGUUUGAAAUUUUCAUUUAAUAUUGAUAUGCUUAUAUAUCAUUUAUAAUAUGAUACAAUUGCAAAAAUCUUUUACUUAGUCAAUUUAUAAUUUGUAUUGCAUUUUUUUAUCAGAAGUGAGGCCAAAGUAUAUUUUACAAUUAUUGCUCUCUUUUAUACAGGAUUCCAUCAUAUUCAAUACAUAUUUUAUAUACUUUUUCAUUGAGAAAUAUGCAAAUGAAUAAUUGUAUAUGUUUAGUAAAUAAAGUGUUUUACAAUUUUUUUUUGCUAUAUA